AUGAGCUCCAAAAGGUUUGCAACUGAAGAAGUUUCAGCACAGAUUUUUGAUGGUAAUAGUGAUGUAGAGGAAGAGAUUUCAGAGUCAGAGGAUCUUUCAGAGACCGAGAACAAUGCUAUUGACGAAGAGGAUGAAGAGGAUUCAGAGGACCAGUCUGUCCGACAGGUUGCAUUCUCAGCCUCUCUGGUGAAUACAAGUUACUCAGUUGUUGGACCCUCAGCCACGGACAUUACCCUGAUCUUCAAAUUCGUCGUCACCAACAUUGGAAAUGCCUACAACUCAACCACAGGUGUGUUCACUGCCCCGGUGAGAGGAGCGUACAACUUUGAGUGGACGGUCGGUGCAAAUGGAGGCACUUCUGGUGCUGUGUUGGUCAAGAACUCAGCGAAUGUUUUCUUGGCAUACGAGCAGGUGGCCGGUUUUAUGAGUUCUUCUAAAGCCGUUGCACUGUUCCUGGAGGUGGGAGACGUCGUGUUUGUGCGGGUGUUUGUUAACAGUGUGGUGUUUGACAACCUAAAUCACCACACCACCUUCAGUGGACAUCUGCUGUUCCCCAUGUGAGACAGAAACAGCAGCUCUGUGAUAGUCACACAGGUUUUUGUUGUCUUC